UAAAUUGUUGCAUAAUUUACUUCUUCAGGAAAUUACAAAUUCUAUCCAAAGAUUUGGGGUUAUCAUUUGACUAAUCAAUUAGAAUAUUUUUGAUGACGACUAAAUAUUAAACUUCUCAAACAUUUUUUGUUUAGAUUGCGUAGAAAUAUGUAUAUUAAAAAGUUAACCGUCAUUUUUUUGUUAAUUAAUAUUAAUUUUUGUUUCUGUUUUCUUCUCUGUGUGUGUGACGAGUCUUUAAUUCAUGACCACGCAAAUUAAAUUUGCCUUUUCAUGUUGCUUAUUAGCCCUACUAAACGUAUACAAAUAAUUUAUUUUCUUGUAGUUUUUAAAGUAAUUUUUCUUCAUGACGUCCAUUAAUUGGUGGACAAAAGAUUUAGAACCAUGACCAAUUCAAUUAUUAGAUAGGUCCCAAAAAAUUGACCAUUUGGGCGUAAUGACGAUAUGCCAAUUCAAUCAUCAUCACAAAUCGCAAUGGCCCAAUCUUAGUAUUAAAUUCCAAUCUUUUUCAUAACAGCUUUGAUUAGUAGUAUUUAUUAACUUAUUAAUAUAUAGUAAAACUCGUUUUAUACAUUUCAAUUACGUGAACCUACUUUUUUUUUUCAAGUCUUCCUUCAUGGGUAUUUUACGAUUUACUUUUCUUGCAAGCAACCGAUAAGGUUUUGGAUGCUGAUUCAACAGAGGCUUGGUCCACGUUCUUUCUUGGCGUGGAAGUUUUCCUCAUAACGUCUUAGCUAGCAAAACCAAGAUUUACAUGGUCCUAGAAUUAGUCACCGGAGGAGACUUAUUUGAUAGAAUUGUCUCUAAAGGAAAGCUUCCAGAAAUAGAAGGAAGAAAAAUGUUUCAGCAGUUGAUUGAUGGAAUAAGCUAUUGUCAUAACAAGGGCGUUUACCACAGGGAUCUCAAGCUAGAGAAUGUUCUUCUUGAUGCAAAGGGGCACAUUAAAAUAACUGAUUUUGGCCUUAGUGCUCUGCCUCAACAUUUUAGGGAAGAUGGAUUGCUACAUACUACUUGUGGUAGUCCUAAUUACGUCGCGCCUGAGGUUCUAGCUAACGAAGGGUAUGAUGGUGCAGCAUCAGAUAUAUGGUCGUGUGGAGUAAUCUUGUAUGUUAUUCUUACUGGAUGUCUCCCUUUUGAUGAUACAAACCUCGCAGCUCUUUGCCGGAAGAUAUUCAAAGGAGAUCCCCCAAUACCUAGAUGGAUAACACCGGGUGCCAAAAACAUGAUCAAGAGAAUGCUUGAUCCAAAUCCAGUCACGAGGAUGACAAUUGCAAAUAUAAAGGCCAAUGAUUGGUUCAAGCAUGAAUACACUCCUUCAACCUACGAUGAGGAUGACGAUGCAUACUCAAUCCAAGAAGAUGUAUCUGAAGAAGAGAAGAUUCACGAUUCUCCAACCGUUAUCAACGCCUUUCAGUUGAUUGGAAUGUCAUCAUAUCUCGAUCUCUCAGGUUUCUUUGAGAAAGAGAAAGCAUCAGAGAGGCAGACAAGAUUCACGUCAAAUAGCUUAGCCACAGAUUUGUUGGAGAAAAUCGAAACGAUCUUUACGGAGAUGGGUUUUUCUUUACAGAAGAAACACGCAAGGAUAAAAGCAAUCAAAGAGGAAAGUAUUGGAAAAGGGCAAUGCGGUUUAUCAGUAACUGCUGAGGUUUUUGAGAUAAGCCCGUCCCUGAAUGUGGUUGAACUAAGAAAAUCACAUGGUGAUUCUUCUCUUUAUAAACAGUUGUACGAGAGAUUAUUGAAUGAAGUGGGCUCAUCAUCACAAGUACAGGAGCUUAUAACGUAGCCAAUAGCAAAAAAAAAAUGUCAGCCUAUUCAAAAUUUUGAAUCGGGAGAUCACUGGAUUUAGAUGUAAAUACCAAUUAGAUUUUUGUGUAUGCAGACAAAAAGCUCACAAGACUUAUACUGUCUAUACAUUCUUGAAAAUGUUUUGGUUUUUUUUUUGGAAACUCAAAGUCGAUAAUUUAUAAUAUAGGACCUUGUUUUUUUGGUCCAAAUUCCAAAUA